GGAGGGGGGGUGUCUCCCGAGGCCUGAAUGUAUCUGUGUGGGCCUAGACCUCGCCCACCCCCGCUCCUCCCCCCCCAGGUGCCCAGUGCUGGGGCGGCCACCUGCUGCCCUGGCUCCCUGCCAGCCGGCCCUGUUCCUGCUUUCCGCAUCGGGGCCUCCAGCCUGGCUGUCCACGUGUUGCUACUGAUGGGUCCCAGGCGGGCUGGUGCUUUGGGCUGAGAUUGAACCAAAUCUCCCUAGAUCGCCCUGCUCUCCAGGUGAUCCCUUUAUUUCCUGCCCUGAUCUGCUGUGAGCUGUCAGCCCAGUGCUGGGCGAUACCACACAGGGGGCUGAGCUUCAGUGGUGGGUGAAGGGCUGUAUACGUAGGGCCUGGGUCUCUCUUCACCAUGUCAGUUUUACACCAGCAUCGCUCCUUGAUGUCAGUCCAGUUACUUCUGACUUAUGCUGGGGUUAAAGAAUGUCCCGGGUCCCUUUAGGGAAAGUCCUCUUACGAAAUGUCAUUCGUCAUACUGAUGCACACAACAAGAUUCAGGAAGAAUCAGAAAUGUGGAAAAUAAGGGAGCUGGAGAAGCAGACUCAAGAGACUUACCGGUGGAAACAAGGGAGAAUGUCACCCAAUACCUCCAGUAGUCGGAUGCGCAGUGACGGUUUCGAUGAGGAGAGCCAAAGGGCUGACUGGAAGACAAAGAACUUUAUGCAUGUUCCUGACAUGAUCGAAGACGACCUUCUCAGGGCUCGGACCUGGAAUAAGAAGCUCUACGAAUGUGAAGCCAACAUGCCAGAUAGAUGGGGUCACAGUGGCUAUAAAGAGUUAUAUCCAGAGGAAUUUGAUACUGACAGUGACCAGCAAGAGAAAGAUGAACAAAACGCUGUCAAUGGAAAGAGGAAAUCUCACCCAGGAAAACAUUCUGUGCCUGAGUCACUCAAACGGAAGAGGCCAAAGAAAUCACAGAAGAAGAAGCAGAAAAAGAGAUCACAUAAAAAGCGAAAGAAGAGAAAAAAGGAGAAGGUGAAGGCAUCACCAGAUUCUUCCCAGGAAAGCGAGUGUUCAGAGGAGGGGACUUCGGGCACCAGGAAAGGGAAACACAAACACAAGCACAAGAAGAAGACCAGGAAAAGGCUUGUAAAGGAACCUGCCUCUUCCUCUGGGCAGGAAAGUGACUCUUCCAGUGUGAGCAGCUCUGAGGACAGCGAACCUGAGGAGAAAAAGGAAAAGUGGUCUAAGAAAAAAAGGAGGAAAUGCCCUGUGUCCGCCUUAGAGAGGCACAAUGAGAUUCAGAAGAAGCAAAGCAAGAGGAAGAACUGGAAAGUGGCAGCUGAUGAGAAGUCGGAGGACAGCUCAGAUGAGGACUAACAAGAGGCCGUGAGUCUGGGGCCAUGGGUGAAAUUGCACGUCAGUGAAUGGAGGCUGAUGUUUUCUCCCGACAUUGCCCUGUGGUACAAACAUGGUGCCUAACUGAUUUCUGGAGCACAGAACUUUAUACCCUGCCAGCCCACAGGUAUGGGCUCUGCACCUUGCUGGCUCGCAGAGGGCACCUCUUUGGUUUUUGCUGGUUUAAAACCAGGAGAGCUGAAAGGCCUGCGGAGAAGAUGCCUGUCCCUCAGGUCGCAUCUCCUGCCCACCCACCCCAGACUCCUGACUCUAUAAUUAGUCUAAUUUCAUGGCCAUAUUCAGUUUUAAUUGACAGUUCCUGUGGCCCAUCUUCAGAAGGGAAACGGGUGCAUUGGCACCAUCUCUAGGUUUUUUAAAAUUGUUCCUCUUUUCAUGCAUAACCACGUAAUGACCAAGACACAAUUGCAAUAAAGAGCAGAGGCCACAGCUUCUGCCAACCUGA